CGAGCCGUGCGGGGCCGGGAGGGAUGUAGCAGCGAUCAGCACCGCGGAGAGCGGCGGAGCCGAGCCGAGCCGUGCCGAGCCGUGCCGGGGCCAUGGCCAGCGUGCAGCAGGGCGAGAAGCAGCUCUUCGAGAAGUUCUGGCGAGGCACCUUCAAAGCCGUGGCCACGCCGCGCCCCGAGAGCAUCAUCGUGGCCAGCAUCACCGCCCGCAAGCCGCUGCCCAGUGGGCCACUCAGCUGCCUGCCAUACCCUGCAGAGGACAGACAUCCCGAGAAGCCAAGCGGCCGUGUGUCCAAGGAGGCCUCCACCACUAACGGCUGGGCGAGAGGGAAGGAGAGGCGCAGCCAUGCCCGCCACAGGUCCCGCAGCCCCUCGUGCAAUGGGGAGCGCGCACCGCCGCCAGCCCGGGGGAAGAAGAAGAAGAAGAAGUCUGGCCGCAAGAAGCGCCGGAGGUCUCCCUCCUACAGCCCCUCCCCUGUGAAGAAGAAGAAGAAGAAGAGCUCCAAGAAACGAAAAAGAAACAGGUUAUCCUCAAAGAAGAGAAGACACAGUUCUUCAAGCCCCAAAAGUAAGAGAAAGGAAGAAAGAAAACACAAAAAACACUCUCGUGGGCGCACCCGGAAAGCUCAUCGCCAUCGCCACCGCCACUCUCGCUCAGAGAGCUCUGACUCCUACUCCCCGAGCUGCCGAAGCAGGCACAGAGCCAGGUCUCGGGAGGAAGGGCGUAAAACACGGCGAAGAUGCUCCCAGCACCAUUCAAAGGUCACAGCAAAGCGAAGCUCCUCUGCAGAGGUUCAGGCCAACCAAAAAGCCAGCCAAACCCUCCCACUCUACAGCUUCCUGUCUCCCAAGGAAGUAAUCUCUCAGUCAGGGUCUUCUGCUGACCUCUUUACCAAAACAGACAGCCCGCCUGGCAACCUAGCCAGCCAGAACGGAGAGUAUCAUGAAUAUGACUCAGGAAACGAUACUUCCUCCCCUCCCUCCACUCAAACGAGCUCAUCCAGGUCAAAGGACAGCCAGGAGAAAAGAAGUCUAGUCCAUGAUGGCUUUGGCCAUGCCUUCUCGUCCGGGAAGCCCAAACUGGCCAACAGUGAUAACAGCUCUGAUUCAGGAAAUUCCUUCACCAGUUGCUUUUCCCAGACCAAGGCGACAGCUUUGGAAAAUCUGUCUCCAGAUGCCCAGGGACAAGACCGAAGAGCGUGCCUGUCCUUGUGUCUCAGCUGUUCGGAGGAGAAGAAGCGAAAUUUGUCCCCGUCCCCAGCCCCCAGCUCCCCGGCAAGGCCGUGCUCCCGCAGCGAGUCGUACAGCAGCACAGGCAGGUCCUCCCCUGGCUCCAGCCGCUCCAGCCGCUCCCGCUCCUCACACCACAGGGCCUCCCCCAAGUACUCCCGAAGCAGGUCCUGCUCUUCAGGGAAGAGGUCUUCUUCACGGUCCCCCAGCUAUUCCUCCAAAUCCUGCAAAAAAAGUCCUGGAAGCAGGAGUUCAAAGCCUCGCCGGAGCCCCAGUUACUCCCGCUACAGCCCUAGCAGGGACCGUGAGCGAGAGCACAAGUACGGCUCCAGCGAGAAGGAGUCGCACAGGGAGCGUGACCGGCGGUGGCGGUGCUCCUACUCGCCCCUGAGGAAACGCAGGAGAGACUCCCCCAGCCACCUGGAAGCUCGGCGCAUCACGAGUGCCCGCAAACGCCCCAUCCCCUACUAUCGGCCCAGUCCUUCCUCCUCCAGCAGCGCCAGCAGCUAUUCCUCUUGGUACAGCACCUUUAGCCGCUCCCCCAGCCGGAGCCGGAGCUACUCCAGCUCCCGGACGAGCCGGAGCCGCAGCUGGAGCAGCAGCAGUGGGGAGGGCAGGAGCCGCAGCCGCAGCUCAGGCCCCAGAAGCAGCCGCAGCCAGAGCAGGAGCUCUGAGUCAGGAGGCAGCUCCGACAGCCUGCGGCGCUAGGGAGUGCCGCCGAGGGCUCGCACGCUGCCGGCACCUCCAAAUUCCUGGCAUUCUCCACGUCCUUCCCACCUACCCGGCCAUCGAUAGCAAUCACCCCUGAUACCGAUGCGAUGGCAGCACCAGGUCUCCCUUCCCCACUUCGGACAGAGUAAGAGGCCGUGUGCACCCGGCGCAGCCCCUUCGCCGCCUUGCAGAGAGGAUGGAUCUGUCCCGGCUCCCCCAGCCGGGGCUGGAAGGAGGGUCAGUGCCCCGCGGAGAGCCUGUUACAACAGACCUGCUCCAUCCUCACCAACAUCCCCCGUCUCCCCAUCACCGCCGUCCUCCGAGAGCCACCAGCUGGUCCAAAGGAAGAAUUUGUCUCCUUGCUCUUCUCCUGCCAAACUGGUAGCCAGCAGAUUAAUUUCCCUUGGAGGAAGAGACACAUUUAGGGAGGAAUUUGCUGGGAAGCUUUGGUGAUGAGUGGGGGUGACCUGUCAUAACCAAGGCAAAUAUCAGGUCCCAUGGGUGUCUCCCCCAGAAUUUCUGCCUGCUCUGCAGCAGGCCUCUUCCAUGAGAAUAUUUAUUUAUUGCCAUAAGCCAGUCUCUGCUAUAAAUAGAAGGCUAGAAAUCCCUCCUGAUGUUAAUUCCUGGGGAAAAAAAAAAAAAGCUCCUGCCCUUUCCUACCAGGUUCAUCUUUCGCAGGGUCGUUCUGUUUCCCUCCAGCACUGUGACUCGUGAACGCACUGCUGAGGUCUGAAGCAGAUUUGGGAGUGGGGAGUCGGUGCCACAGUGUGAGAGGUGAGGCUGUGGGGUUCCCUUCUUGGAGGACUCUCUUGCAGUUUGGGGACAGUUCAGGUUUUUCUAAGGGUUCCUUGAUCUCUGAGAGCAAGAUGGACUGUGAGGAGACAAGGGCGCUGGGUUAACUCCAGCGGGGUACCCGCAGUGGGGUGUAGGGAGAGCACACGGGGUCAGAAGGGCAGUGUGUGAGCCAGGGGAUCCCAGCUCCCCGUUCUCAUAACAGACAGCAGUUGUCAACAGAAGGAGGGUUUGGGGAAAUAAUUUCUCCUUGAGACUCUCAGGCUCCCCUUGAAGGCAGGAUCAGCAGCCCCAGCACUCCAAGUGUAAGACAAGAGGAUAUUUUCCCUCCCUGGCACUACACAGCUGAAAAGGCUCUGCUCUCAGCUCUGACCAUGGGGUGACCGAGCAGCCCCCAGACACACGGCGCAGGGUCUGGCCUCCCCCAGCGCUCCAUCGCUCCGAGGCUCUUCCCCUCCUCGCAGCUGCAGCAGGGUACAUGGAACCCCGGUUUGGUGCUGGGGGGACGGAGCGGCGUGGGGGGGACAGGAAGGGCCCCCACUAAUUGCCUGUUUUUCCCAGGAGGGCCCUGCCUGCCUGGGCGGCCCUGCGGUUUUGUCUCCCUGCCAGGCUUGCCAGCCCAGCUGCCUGUGCAAUUACUGUGUUUUGCAGGGUAACAAAGACUUCUCCCAGCACAGGCUGAGCUGGUGCUGAGGAUUUUCUUUCUCUUACAACACCUGGCUGCUUAGAGACGCUAAUUUAGGCUUAAGACUUCCCUCCCUCCCUUUUUCCAUCCCCUCCCCUUCCAUCCUGUGUGAUUAUUAACAAGUUUGGGCUUAAUGAGUCAAGGAGGUGUGUCACGUAAGUGUCACAGAAAAGGGCUAAGGGGAGCCAGCAUCUGCUGGAGGAGGAGAGGGCUUAGAAAGAAAAGUAAACUCACCAGAUAAAGAGUUACCCAGGGCCCUGCUCCUGCUGGCAGCAGGUAAAGGGGCCAAGCUGUGAGCAGACGGAAGACAAACACAGCCUGGAUGAUUGCCUUAUCAAGCAAAAAUGCACGUUAUCUGUUGGAAAAAACAGUAGCGAGGGUUAUACUUCUACCUGGCUGGUACACGGGGAGGCUUGAUGCCAGGGGUCCCCUUUUCCCAGUCUCCUUCCCACUGCUGGUCCCCCUUGCCCUGUGCCUUCCAGCCCAAGCCCCACUUAUUUCCCGGUCCCCCUGCCUUGUUCCGUGGGGGUAGUUUGAGGGUGGCUGAGGCACAGAGCUGGGCGCUGGGCUGGGCUCCUGGCGCUGCUCGGUGGGGAGACAUCCAGCUCCUGGGAGGGCACUUCCUAGGGCACAGAGAAGCGCGUUCCUGGCAGGGCUGAGCAAACCCAGGGGGCUGUGGCUGAGGAUCGAAGACAGGGUGUUCGUGCAGAAGGGUGCUGCUUCCUUCCCCUGCCCUGGGCCUGGCAGCAGCCCCUUGGCCAUCUUCUGCGGUGAGCUCCCUUCUCGUAAAGGGCUGAAAACCUCACGCUUCUCCCCCAGAGAGUCUCUCCCAGUUUGGCAUUUGCGUGCCCCGUCCUGCUCCAUACAAGACCUGAUCGCAGUGACUGGAGACCCAACCCCAAAUCCACCGGUGCACGGAGAGUUGCCUCCUGCCCGAGUACCCCUGAAGACACACUUGUGUCUGCAGCAAGGCAGCAGCGAGCCAGGCAGGCAAAAACCAGGAAAGAAAUGAAGAGCUUUGUGCAACCGGUGUAAAUAUCCAAACCCAACACUGACUUGAGUUCCUCGUGGCUGGGGACGGACGAACAAACACUGCGUCGGGGGCAGUGGCACAUGCCGACAGUGGGACGGGAGAUGACCGGUCCGGCUGCCCCGCACCUCCAGGGCUGCCUCCGCCUGCACAGUCCAUGGCAGCUAAACGCUCCUGGGGUUUCCCAAGUGACUCACGUUGGAGCAAACCUCUUUAUUUAUUUAUUUAUUUAUUUAUUAUUAUUCUAUUUUUAAUUGUACGUCCGAAUGGAUGCAGGUAGUCGCCGUUACCAGUAUUUAUUUAUUCUAUUUUUUGGGAAGGGGAGGUUGUGGGGGGAGGGACAAUAAGUUAUUUUUGGAUCUGUUUGCCUGUUCUGAACGUCUCCGUGUCGCUGUUGUUGUGUAGAGGUUCUCGCAGCGCCUGCCUCUCGGCCAGGGGUGGCUGCUUUGCGGGCCGGGCUCCAGCUGCUGCCAGCCCUGCUUCCCCCGGCCCCGCUGCCGAAACCGGGCUGCUCGGCAUCGCUCCGCCGGCUUCCCUGGGAGGAGGACGCCGUCGCCAGGGCGCCCCGGUGUUGUUUAUCGCCGCGCCAUGACCCACCCAUGGAAAAACUGAAGAAGUCAGACCGUGAGAGAGCGAGCUGUCUGCGGGAGGUGCUUGCAAAAUCCAGCCUCCGGUGACAGGACCUAACCGUCUGCGUGUACACGUGUGUGUGUGUGUGCCUGUAUGUGCCUAUGUGCAUAUACAUAUAUGUUUCCCUCAGUGGUAUUUAUCUCUUUAUUUUUUAACUUAUUUAAGGUUUUUCAGUACAAUCCAGACCAUCAACCUCCCUGUCAGUGGACAACUGGGUUUUCUGUCAGUUUGCGAGAAGCCCGUGAGCUUUUCUGUCUCUGUGCCUUUUGCCAGUGCUUCUUUUUUUUUUUUUUUUUCCAUUUUCGCUCAUUCCUUGCUGUUACAGGAUUUUUUGCUCUGUGUUCAGCAUCCCAGACUGCUGCUGUCUGCAAGGAGCAGCUUCCAGCUGGCGGGCAGCUCGGUCCUUUUGGUGCAGGUGAAUCGCUGCUCAUCGGCGGCCGCUGCACCCAGGACCAGCUGGGGCCUCACCGAGAGCAGCGAGGCUUUGGGGGAAUCUCUCUGCCACCUUUUGGAAGCACUAUCUCAAAGGGUAGAGUUCUCCUUCCUCAUUCAAGGGCUCCUUCCUGCCCGUGAUUUUGUUUCCGUCCCAAGCACCCUGGUUGCCUUUCCACGGCAGAGCACACAACACAGCACCCACAGCACACGUGUCCCCCUGGGACGCUCCCUGCUCCCUGGACCAGCCUUGUCUUGGGGUUCCUCCUGUCCCACCCCAUGCACUGGGGCCAGAUUCCAGCAAACCCAGCCCAAUCCCCCUGUGGUUUUGCUGAAAAGCGCAGAGGAGGGAUCUUUCAAAGCACCGUUGUGUUAUUUCACCACGGGUUGCAGCACUCGCUUGUGCUCUGCUUUAUGUUGACCGCAACUUUUCUCAAUGUUUUUGUUGUUCUGGGGGACUGACGUUGUACCAAACCUGUCUGCAACAGCCAAUCAACGUUAUUUUGCUAUGCAUUGUACAUAUAUUGAAAAGGCUGAGAGGACUCAGCCUCUUAUUUAAUAUUUAUUUCUCCUAUUUAUUGAGCAUUACUUAGAAAAACUAUUUGGGUCUUGCCAUUGGGUCCAGGAAUGUUUGAGCCUUUUGCAUGCAGCGAGGUGUGCCGUAUACACUGGAGAGAGGUGACUCACCACGGGGGCUGGCCUCUGCCAGCUCGGGGGCAUGUGCCAGACCAACGAGGCUCAUUGGGAGCUCAACCACCAGAGAUUUAGGGAGAAAUAUCAGGGCUGCGGAGCUCGCUCCUGUCCUCUCCCAAGCGCUGCAACGAGCAGGAGCUGGCUGCAGGCAUCGCUCCCUUCUGUGAAACAAAGGUAUUUGUUUGAAGUAGGAUAUUUGCUUGAGAAAGGGAUGGAUUUAGGUGCCUAACUGAAGUCUUUGCCCUUUAGUGUCCAGUGGGGCUUUAUUAUCUCUGUACUCAAGGAUGGAUAAUUCCUAUGACUUUUGCUGCUACCUGGAGGUUUGCACAGGAUCAGGAGGGUCUCUGAAGCACCGCUACAUCUGCUGUUGCAGCAACAGCUUCACGGUAAAGCAGCCUGACUUCUGGGCUGUUGCUUAGAGAACAGCACCCUGAGCCCCACCAGGGCAGCUCUCCAUGUUCAAAAUCCAGGGAAUGGGGAGAUUUAGAACAAAAGCCAAGACGGGAGAAAAGCUGCCAGGGAAACAGUGUCCCUGUUUUCUCACCUGUUGGCCGAUUCCUUACCAAAUUACACUGGUGCAUCUGUUCAUUUGACUCCAUUGUAAAACUACCUUUGCUUUCCAUGGAAAUGCAUACUGUAUUCUUUAGUCUUCCUGGGGUAUUUGAGUUGUUAGCCUGUUUAGAAAAAGGGUUCCAAUAAAGAUUCAGAUGGUAUCUGGU